AUGGAUACAAACAUGGAGGAUGUCGGGCGCGCGCCUGCAGACAUCUCGUCGGUCACGCUCGAACCGACGACCAUCCCAACCCUCGACGGCUGGAUCGAGAGCCUGAUGAGCUGCAAGCAGCUCGCCGAGGUUGACGUGCAGAGACUGUGCGAAAAGGCGCGCGAGGUUCUCCAAGAAGAGUCCAACGUACAGCCUGUCAAAUGCCCAGUGACUGUGUGCGGUGACAUCCACGGCCAGUUUCACGACUUGAUGGAGCUCUUUAAGAUUGGAGGGCCCAACCCUGACACCAACUACCUCUUUAUGGGGGAUUAUGUCGAUCGUGGAUACUACUCGGUCGAGACUGUCACUCUGCUGGUAGCCCUCAAGAUUCGAUACCCGCAGCGGAUUACCAUUCUCCGCGGCAACCACGAGUCGCGCCAGAUCACACAAGUAUACGGCUUCUACGACGAGUGCCUGCGCAAGUAUGGCAAUGCGAACGUGUGGAAGUACUUUACCGACCUUUUCGACUACCUCCCACUCACGGCUCUCAUCGACAACCAGAUCUUCUGCCUCCACGGCGGUCUGUCGCCGAGCAUCGACACGCUGGACAACAUCCGGGCGCUGGACCGCAUCCAGGAAGUGCCGCAUGAAGGGCCCAUGUGCGACUUAUUGUGGUCUGACCCAGAUGACCGUUGCGGGUGGGGGAUCUCGCCCCGCGGCGCCGGAUACACGUUUGGACAGGACAUCUCGGAGGCGUUCAACCAUAACAAUGGCCUGACGCUGAUUGCUCGAGCGCAUCAGCUUGUCAUGGAGGGCUACAACUGGUCUCAAGACCGAAAUGUUGUCACCAUCUUUUCUGCUCCGAACUACUGCUAUAGAUGCGGUAACCAGGCUGCCAUCAUGGAGAUUGAUGAACACCUGAAAUACACAUUCUUGCAAUUCGAUCCUUGCCCUCGAGCUGGCGAGCCCAUGGUUUCGAGACGGACUCCGGACUACUUCCUCUAA